UUGGAGCAGCUGGCCAGACUCGUCGCUCUCCAUCAUCCUAUGCUCGUAACAGGCACCGUCGUCAAGCGGGAGUGCACGGGAACGGGAUAGAGGCUCAUACUAACGGAUUGAUCUGGAUAUUUUCAAGAUAUUGGACGGAACUGAUUUAGGGUCAACGGCAUGGUCGAGCGAACAGCAUUUCUGUUGUUAUGGGUGGCAACCUUGACGCUGACAUCGGAGGUGCCAUCUGAUGACUCAGUGGCUCUGCUAGCGGAGCCCCAGGUAGCCAUGUUCUGUGGGAAGCUCAACAUGCACGUCAACGUCCAGAGUGGCAAGUGGGAGCCAGACCCCUCCGGCACCAAGAGCUGCAUCGGAACCAAGGAGGGCAUCCUGCAGUACUGCCAGGAGUUGUACCCUGAGCUCCAGAGCACAAACGUGGUGGAGGCCAAUCAGCCAGUCAGCAUCCAGAACUGGUGCAAGAAGGGACGCAAGCAGUGUCGCAGUCACACACACAUCGUGGUGCCCUACCGCUGCCUGGUUGGGGAGUUUGUGAGUGAUGCGUUGCUGGUUCCUGAUAAGUGCAAGUUCCUGCACCAGGAGAGAAUGGACAUGUGUGAGAGGCACCUGCACUGGCACACCGUGGCUAAAGAGUCCUGUGGAGACCGCACCAUGAAUCUCCAUGACUACGGCAUGCUGUUGCCAUGUGGCAUCGACCGUUUCCGAGGGGUGGAGUUUGUGUGUUGCCCGGCAGACACGCACCGCGAGUCAGAGAGCGUCGAGCUGACUGAGUCUGACGUGUGGUGGGGCGGAGCCGAGACUGAAUACACCGAUAACGGCAUGCUUCACCAGGCGGAUCAGGGGGCUGCCACCACUGAGGAUGAUGAGGAUGCCUUCGAUAGGGACGAGGACGGUGACGGUGAUGAGGAUGAAGAUGAUGUGACUGACAAACGGGACAGUGGUGAACGCACCUCCAACAUCGCCAUGACAACUACCACCACGACCACCACCGAGUCGGUUGAGGAAGUUGUCAGAGUGCCCACCAUGGCCCCUGCCCCCCCUGACGCAGUCUACCAUUACUUGGAGUCUACUGGAGACGACAACGAACACGCCGACUUCCAGAAGGCCAAGGAGAGUCUGGAGGCCAAGCACCGCGAGAGGAUGUCCCAGGUGAUGAGAGAGUGGGAGGAGGCAGAGAGGCAGGCCAAGAGUCUCCCUCACGCUGACAAGAAGGCUGUCAUUCAGCACUUCCAGGAGAAGGUGGAGGCCCUGGAGCAGGAGGCAGCAGGAGAGAGACAGCAGCUGGUUGAGACCCACAUUGCCCAGGUGGAGGCCCUGCUCAACAGCUGCUGUCGCAUGGCCCUGGAUAACUACCUUAGCGCCCUGCAGGCCAACCCACCCAGGCCUCGUCAGGUGCUGGGCCUUUUGAAGAAGUAUGUCCGUGCAGAGCAGAAGGACAGACAACACACCCUGAAACACUACGAACACGUCCGCAUGGUGGACCCCAAGAAGGCUGCUCAGAUCCGACCCCAGGUGAUGACCCACCUGCGUGUGAUUGACGAGAGGAUGAACCAAUCCCUGGGGCUGCUCUUCAAAGUGCCCAGCAUGGCCAACAAAAUCCAAGACCAAGUUUCAAUCCUGAUGCAGAGGGUUCAGUCAGAGCUGUCUCAGCAAGUCUCAUCUCUGCAGAGUGAUGAGAGGACUGAUGUCAGGGUGAGCUAUGGGAACGAUGCCCUGAUGCCUAACCAGGCCUACAGCUCUGCCCCUCUGGACCCUGGCAUGCGCCUGGACAGACUCGGCUUCAUCCACCCAGAGAGUUUCAACCAACCCAACACCGACAACCAUGCAGUUGAGCCUGUUGACGCUCGUCCACUUCCAGAUAGAGGUCUGCCCACUCGGCCUGUAUCUGCUCUGAGGCCUGAGGAGUUCCAUGAGGUGCGGAUGGAGAAAGGAGAGUGGCAAAGCGCCAGCUAUGGAGUGCAUCAUCAAAAAUUGGUGUUCUUUGCUGAGGAUGUUGGCUCCAACAAAGGUGCCAUCAUUGGGCUGAUGGUGGGUGGGGUUGUCAUAGCGACAGUUAUCGUCAUCACUCUGAUCAUGCUGAGGAAGAAGCAGUACACCUCCAUCCAUCACGGGGUCAUUGAGGUGGAUGCUGCAGUGACCCCAGAGGAGCGACACCUGUCCAAGAUGCAGCAGAAUGGUUAUGAGAACCCCACCUACAAGUUCUUCGAACAGAUGCAGAACUAAGGAGCUACCCUUUGAUCCCACACUGACCCUGAACCCUCCUUAACCCCUCACACCUAGGCCCCGUUGCAUUUUGAAUCCUAAACCCUUCUCCUCGCUCCUACUCUUAAUUUCAAUGGAUCUUAAAGGACUGGAUUGGUGAAACCAGUAUGACUGAAGCUCCACGUAAAUCUAUUGGGUUAGAAAGAGCCGUGGUCAUAUUACUUAUAGCUACCCAGGGGUUGUGAAGGCAAAAUGGAACCAAGCCACACACUCACCAUCUCUUCCUCGUAGAGUGCAGCACAUCAACAUCCAUAGCUGCCAUUAGUCAGACAAGGGUAUCCUUCUUCACCUACACAUUUUUAGCCAAUCACAGGUGAGAUCCCGUAGCGUUUGUAUAGAGUAAAGAAACACAUUGAUUUAUCUGUCCAUGUAUCUGUGGGUUGGCCCUCCCCCACAGUACAGCACUCACAUCUCUAAGAGGGCUAAACAGAGGCCUCAUAUACACCCGUAAUCUUCCUCCCUCUGAAGUACUCUCCUCUCCCCCUCCUCCUCCCUCCAUCUCUCCCACUGCCCCUCUCAGAUGACGGCUGUGCUGUUUUUGGUGAUGAUAUAACAGCUCUUAGUGCUAGUGAAGGGAGGAUGGGCUCAGUCUACCUUGAGAUCCUCUCUGCAGGAUUAUAUCCCAAGAGUUUCACGUUUGUUUUUCAGGUAAAACAUAUAUACCAAAAAAAUAUAUAUAUGUCCUCAGAAAUAUGUAAAUGUUUUUAUUUUGUGCAAAAUGUAUUGAAACAAGGCAGAAAAAAGCUGUAAAUGUAUGUAGUGCAUGGUGAUAUUGAUGACGGAUAUGCAUAGAGAACCUGUCUCCUGUCGUGGGGACUGGGCCUCACAUGUACACUUAGCAGGAUCGAACAUUUUACUGUCUUCUUUUAUCUUGUGAUAUGAAGAGAAAAAAAGGUUUUCAAAUCUGUUUUUUUGUUGUCACGGAGACAUGCUUUAAACAGAAUCUGUGCUCUCCUUUGUUUUCUCCCCCCCAUGCCUCAUUCUGUUUUAGCUGCAUGGGCUGAAUGCCCUAUAUGUAAUAUAAUAUGAAGUGUAAUAGUAUCUGAAAGGAA